CCUAAUUCUCGCAUACAACCACACACAGACAACCACACAUACACACACUCUGUCUAUCUCUGUUGUGCACAGUCACACACUAAAACACACAUACUAUAUGUACAGUUUUACAGUGGGAUUUGCCUUGCUUGGAUAUCCGUGCUAAGGCAAAAUAUAGGAAACAAGGAGCGUAGGGACACUCGACAUCUGUUUUGGAUGAUUAGGGUGGGAGCUGUCAUCGUAAUGGUAAUUCAUGGCUGGGUAGCCAUGGUGAAGUCAAUUUCCCCCUCCCUCUGCCACUGCUGAAUGCAUUAGUCUAAUGAGAUGUCUGCAGCCUGUGUACCGAGCAGCAGCAGCAGUUUGUUAACCAAAAAGGACACGAGGAAAAAGCCACAUACAGAAACAGCAGAAUGGCUUUGCCUUUAUUGUUAGGGAUUUAGCGUUAAAAAGUAAUCUAGGCUCCUGGGAUUUAAAACAAAAAGGGCUUGGCUCUUGGGCUUCCACAAUAGAAGACAGCAGCUCCAAAUGAGUGUGCCUGCAGCAACGGCACAGAAAUCAGACGUUAACAACAGUGGCAUGCAAUCAGCUGCAGUGGCUCCCUCCUUCCUCCCCAGCCAGUCGGGGAAGAUACCAGGCAGGAAGAGAGGGAGACCCCCGCUCCGCAAUGUCGCCAAGAUGGAUUUUCCAAACCGUUACCCGGAGUCGCUCCCUCCACUCAAAGUGCCAAAAAAGAGGGGGAGAAAGCCAGGAUUCAAGCUCAAACCCAGGAUGGUGAUGACACCGUUGGCUAUUUCUCCACCCAGUAGCACCCCUGAGCCCGACAUGAGCUCCAUUCCUCAGGAUGCCGCCACCAUCCCCCACUCUGCCACGCCCCAGGUGCUUACAGUGUGUAUUUACAUCAACAAGCAGGCCAAUAUGGGCUCCAACCUGGACAGGAAGAAGAUCCAGCAGCUCCCUGAUCACUUCGGACCCGACAGGCCCUCUGUGGUGCUGCAGCAGGCUGUCCAAGGCUGCAUCGACAGCGCCUUCCAGCAGAAAACAGUGUUCACUCUCCUCACACAGGGCUACGGGGGGGAAAAAAUAUCAGCCACAUUCGACGGGAAGCAGCACCUUCUCAGCCUCCCUGUGGUGAACAGCAUCGACUAUGUGCUCCGUUUCCUGAAGAAGCUCUGCCGCAGCCUGCACUGUGAAAACCUCUUCAGCGAUCAGCCCAUUACCCAACACAGCCUGGGCUCCUACCAGUCAGAUGCUGAAACAUCUAUGGCCGAGGACUACCAUUUAGACCAGUCCGACGGCAAACGCUACUCCGUCGACCCGGGAGAUUCGGCUUUCAGCUCCAUAAGCUCGUCCUACUCGCCAAAGUCCUCCUACGGGUUCCGUUCGUCGCAGCAGUUCUCCAACGGAUCGGCCUCCAUGAGCAUGUGCAGGCAGCCGUCCACCAGCCCGAGCACCUUCCCAGAGAGCAACAGGACAGGCAUUUAUAAUGCAGCUCCAGAGUCCCAAGAGUCCAAAGCUCCAUCCAAUAAGGACCCGACCACCUGGUGCGUCGACGACGUCGUCUGGUUCAUCAGGGAUGCGGACCCACAGUCUCUCGGGCCCCACUCAGACGUCUUUAGGAAACAUGAGAUCGAUGGGAAUGCUUUGUUACUCCUAAAGAGCGACAUGAUCAUGAAGUACCUCGGACUGAAGCUCGGGCCGGCCUUGAAGCUCUGCUACCACAUCGACAAACUAAAGCAGAAUAAGUUCUGAAAACCUUCACCUCUAUAUAACCAUAAAUAUGAGAAAGGUCUUCAGGUCUAUGAGUGAAUGGGAAAAGAGAAGGGCCCUCAGAAGAAAGAUGUAUCAAUCAUAUCUCUGCUGUAAAAGGAUAAAGCAAAAAGGUUGCAGAUGAUUUGACUUUUUCUCAGAAUGCGAGGUCAACAGUAACUGGUGCUGGAAAAAUAUGCUAUUUAUCUAAGAAAGUAACACAAAAAGUGACACAUUCAGGUAUCACCGCGUGGAUAUAACUUAAUCUGUAGUCUUUUAUGAAGAUGUUUGUAACCAACACAAGCAUUUACGUGGUUGUAAUAAAAGUUGGAAACAGAGUUGAGUAUAAUUAGAGUGAAAAUCAGCUUCUCCUCUUCCAACCAGCAGUUUAGGAAACAUCCACCAGGUUGCUGUUGUUUGAGGUCAUUUUGUAUUUUUUUUCACAGCUAAAAUGCUGACAAAAUAUGUUUAGCAAGUUUUUUACCCUAACUUAUCAGUCCUAAAAUCUGCAAUAAUCAGUUUAUUUUACACUUGAGAGCAGCGAAAACGAGUUGUGAAAACAUCACGUGUUUAUAUGGCUAACCCUUAGUCGAUAGGUGCUUAUCUACACAACAACAGUUAUGCAGCAACUCUUUGACUGCUUUUUACAAGUGCUUCAUGCCACUUGAUGAAUGUAAAUCCAAAUGCAACCCUUUGUUGGUUCUAUUUUGGUCUUCACCAUCUCCAGAGCAAACUAUGUGGCUUAUUAGUUGCUAAAUGCUCCAUAAUGUCCACGUGUUGGUGGCGUUGUUUGUAUCUGCUGUCUGGUGCUGUGGCGGUAGUGUGCUGGUCUUUACAGCUUUCUCGGAAAACAGAUUAGUGGGAAUGAACCAAAAUGCUAAAAGUUGAGGCCAGACAUUCAAGAAAUAACCUGCUACUGAGGUCCGUAAAGCUGAGAGGAACUGCAGAUUCAUGUCUGUUUUACGUUCACUGUUACCUAAUCAUAAUGGAGCCCCUUUGUUAAAGGUCGGAAAAACGGAGAGACUCUCAGAAACUAUGAAUUCUCAAAUCUGGUUGGAUAAAGGAGGGACAUAAAGGAAACACCUGCAACCCUUCUCUCUUCCCAGUGGCUGGCAGACCUUUGUUCUCCAGACAUCUUGGUACAUUUUGCUGAAGAUUUCCAUGACGUAGUGUACUUCAUGUAGUGAUAAUCACAAAUUCACCCUCCUCUUCUCCUGCUUACUUUUGGUCAAGAUUUUAAACUAAAAACAGGACAUUUAGGAACACAUCCUUCAUACACACUAACAUAUUGUAAUCGGUAAGAAGAAAGUGUCUCAUAAACCUCCAUAUAUAUAUAUGUAUGUUAUUGUAUAUAUACAUAUACAUAUAUACACAUAUAUAAUAUAAUCUCACUAUAGAAUGUCAUGUUUACCAAGCUGACAACAUACUGAAUCUAUAACUGCGAGAAACAUUGCAUUAAAUACAACAUUGCUUUAUAAUUGAGGGGAAAUGAUUUGAACACUAUUUUUUGAUUACUGUGUAAAAAAAAGUAAUAUUCCCAUUCAAUUAUUUUUCAUUAUAAUUUUAAUAUAAAAAAAGCCCCAUUAACCAAAGCAAAGCAUAUCCUUCCCACAGUAGAAAGACUAGCUCUCUUGGUAGUUGAUAUAGUGAAAAGUGAGAGCAUUGUGAAUGUUAAAUAUUUAUGUUUCAAUAUGCAAGAUUGUUACAUGCCAAUUAUCUCCACAGGCUCUUCAUGUAUACUCAACGUUUUUUUAAUGCAUACGUUUCUAUGUUGAUACAGAAGCUAUCCAGACACAUGAAAAACAUAGAUGUUACACUGAUUGAACCUAAACGGCAAUGAAAAUGGGUAUAUUACAUAGUAUUGCUUUUUGUAUGCCACUUUUGGUGUAUGGUAUGCAUCCUUUUUUAAUCAAUUAAUCUUUUUAAGUGAAUGCUGCUGAAGAUAUGACAUGCAAGCCAUGCCUAGUGAGAUCAAGCUGAGGUGUUUUAUUUUGAAAAUCACUAUGAAUAAGAGUUUAGAGCACUGAGCGGAUCAGUACUCUAUGCUGGUGCUAAAGUUACCUAUGUAUUUAACUGUUUGCUUUUGUGUUUGUGAGAUGUAAAGGAAAUCAUAUGUGUAUAAUGUACUGUGAACAUUAAAUUAAGAAAUCAUAUAAUCACA